AUGCCAAAGAUAAAGACAAAGAGAAAGAAGUAUCCAGAAGGAUGGGAAGAGUUAGAACCAAAAUUAGAUGAAUUUCAACAACAGAUGAGAGAAGACGAAAUUACUAUUUCAGCUGAAAACGAACCACACGAAGGUAAAAGAAAAGUAGAAGUAUUAUGGCCAAUCUUUAGAAUUCAUCAUCAAAGAUCUAGAUAUAUAUAUGAAUUGUUCUACAAGAAAGAUGGAAUCAGCAGAGAACUAUACGAGUUUUGUUUGAACGAAGGCUAUGCCGAUAAGAAUCUAAUAGCUAAAUGGAAGAAGAUUGGAUACGAACGUCUAUGCUGUCUACGGUGUAUACAAACUAAAGAUCAUAAUCAUUCAACUUGUAUAUGUCGUGUACCAAAAGAUAAACUGGAAGAAGGAAACAUCGUUCAAUGUGUACAAUGUGGUUGUAAAGGUUGUGUCGGAAGUCGUCAUGAAUCCACCGUCGUAGCAACCGGACAGCGCCAGUAUAUAGGGUUCAUAGUACCGGUGGAUUUCAAUUGA